UCAUCAUCACCAAGUACUGCCUCUCGUCGGACGCCUGUUCCAAGUUACACUCUUCAUGCGCGUACAAGCCGGUUGCUCUGAACGACUUCCUCGACAUCAAGCUGCGUGCCUGCGUACUUGAGGCGUGUCCGUAGUCCACGAAGCCUUCUGUGUGGCGACGCCGUUGCUGCACCACGAUGGUACACAGCUUCAAGUGCAGAGUAAGGUUGGUGAGGAGCUUAGAUCCUGUCUUCCACUUCGGGCCUUCUUGUCGUCGGUCAGUAGGCAAUCCAUCUCACGACACUACCUACACCGCUUUCACCGCUUUCUUCAAAGGUGUACCUACAUCAUAUCCCGCGCUAAAUGUCGCUCUGACGCGGAAACUGGUCAGUGCUGACGUCGAGUUCUCGCAACGAUGGCGGAUGAGUCCGAAUGGAUUGACAUUCACUUCAGGCAACCUGCGUAUGCUAGCAACGUAGUUCCGACCUUCGCACAGGAGCUGAUAGACAUCAUCGCCGACUACCUCUGGGACGAACCCGUGCAACUCGCGCGGUGCUGCCUCGUCUGCCGUGCGUGGUACUUCUCUGCAAGGCAGCAUCUCCAUCGGCGGACCCUCCAGAGCGCAAAGGACCUCGCCGACCUCGUGCGCAUCCUCAUGUCGAAGCAGAACAGAGGCUACGGGCACGCGCUGCAUGACCUCGAGAUCAAGGACGACCCCGCGAGGCCGUUCGCGCAUACGUUUCCGAUCCGCGUUCCGGCGAGCCUCUUGUCGCGGCUGGACGGCCUCGGCUUCUCGCAGCUCGAUUGGACGAAGGCGCGGCCACAUGUGCGCUUCUUCAAGCACCUCGCCUACUUUUCGACGGUCACCCGCUUGUCGCUCGUGGGGUGUUCCUUUCGCCGCGCUGACGAACUUCGGACCCUGAUCAAUACUCUUCCUAGUCUCAGUAUGCUCCUUCUCGACUCCAUUGCAUUCCAGCCGGAGUCCCCGGACACUGCGCGGCUCCCCCGUCCAUUUCAGCCAGACUUUGCGCGCAGUUCAACUCUGGUACGCAGCGGCCUGCGAUUGCCCCGCGGGGACGUGCAGCGGACAACACCUCCCUCAAAUUCCUCUCGUUCAUCUGUGCAUUCCCGGCGCUUCGCUCCCUGCACAUAGAGGGCGAUCUGCUGCCAGCGUAGGCAGGCAGUGAACCUCCGAGUCUCUCCGCCAAAUCAAUGGCUCUGCAGGCAAGAGAGACCACCGUCAAAGCCUGGGCGACGGUACACUUGUCCGAGGUCUCUUCCGACUUCGCUUCAAUUUUCCUCGAUGUGUUCGCGGAUCGGUGUUGCGCGUUGAAGGAACUCUACGUGAAUCUCGUGGACGCGCCCUCUCCUGCGUUGCAGAGGACCAUUAGCAAGACUCUGCAAGAGUCGGGGGAUGCGCUGGAAGAGUUUCUAUGUGGAUACUGGUCCGACGUGUUGAUGCUCUCAGAC